AAAUACGCGGCACAGGCCACAGGGUUGAGUACCUGCUCGCCACGGGAACCUGCAGCCGCAAUCGACGUACGGCGCUAGAUCAGGCGUCCAUGGCACCGGCGAAGAGCGUCGACUUCCCCGCUGGCGCCGACGGCCGCUCGGCUUCGGGAGCAAAUGAGGGCGGCGAGGGCCACCGCGACAUCGAGGCUGGCGGCUGGGCCAGCGUUCCGGCUCCGGCUCCGGCCCUCUCGACGACGUCGAGGCCGAGGGGACAACGUCUCGCCUCGCUCGACAUCUUCAGGGGCAUCACCGUCGUGCUUAUGAUCGUCGUGGACGAUGUUGGUGGCCUUGUCCCUGCCAUCAGCCACUCACCGUGGGACGGCGUGACGCUUGCAGAUUUUGUAUUCCCCUUCUUCCUCUUCAUCGUUGGAGUCUCCUUGGCCUUUGCAUACAAGAGAGUGCCAGACAGAGCGCUGGCAACCAAGAAGGCUGUGAUCCGGGCUUCAAAGCUCUUCCUUCUAGGCCUAGUAUUGCAAGGUGGCUUCUUUCACAGCAUCCACGAUCUUACUUAUGGAGUUGAUAUUCGCAAGAUACGGUUCAUGGGUGUACUUCAGAGAAUUGCAAUAGCGUACUUAACGGUGGCACUUUGUGAAAUAUGGCCACGAGGUGGUGCAAGUGACAUCGGAGCCGGUGGCUUUACGUUGAUCAAAAGAUAUCGUCAUCAGCUGUUUGUGGGUUUGUUUCUCACGGUCACCUACACGGCGCUUUUGUAUGGCAUGUAUGUGCCGGACUGGGAAUAUGAGGUCACAUCUCAAGACACCACUUUGAACCACUUUAUGGUGAAAUGUGGAGUCAGGGGUGAUACAGGACCAGGCUGCAAUGCCGUGGGCAUGAUUGACCGUCAUGUGCUUGGAAUCCAACAUCUCUAUACACGCCCCGUUUACCUCAAGACAGCGCAAUGCAGCAUCAACUCCCCGCGAAAUGGCCCGCUUCCGUCAAACGCUCCCACAUGGUGUGAAGCUCCCUUUGAUCCUGAAGGCCUCCUCAAUUCCCUGAUGGCAAUUGUGACCUGCUUGAUUGGCCUCCAAAUUGGGCAUAUCAUUGUGCACUUCAAGGAGCAUGGCGAGAGAAUAGUGCGGUGUUCGAUUCCAUCUCUAAGCUUGCUGAUUCUUGGCUUCUCGCUUGACUUGUUUGGCCUGCGCUUGAACAAGUCGUUGUAUAGUCUGAGCUACACCUGCGUCACCACGGGCACCGCAGGUCUCUUCUUCGCAGGAAUCUAUUUGCUGGUGGAUGUUUAUGGUUACAAGAAGCCGCUUUUCCCUAUGGAGUGGGUGGGAAAGCAAGCCCUCAUGAUUUUUGUUCUAGUGGCAUGCAACAUCGCCCCAAUCCUGUUACACGGCUUCUAUUGGAGGGAGCCACAAAACAACCUUUUGAAAUUUAUCGGAAUAGGAGGCUGACGACCGCAUUCCUUCUUGUUGUUGACGUUUAUGAUUUUGGGAUAACAAUUACAGAGCAUACAUCACCAGUUUUGGGAACAGUCAGUGCUACCCACAUGCUGCAACACGCCUGUAGCAGGAGAUGUCUAAGAUUUGAGGGCCCCAUGCUAAGACUAGAAUGGGCUCAUACACAUGAAAUGUCAAUUGGCAAUAUGAAAUAGUCAAUCAUGUUCACUA